CUCUCGUUUUAAAUUUUUGUUCAAAAUCCACAAAGCAAGCGAAGAAGAAAGAGAAAUGGCAAGGCGGUUGAUUCCGUCAUUCAAUCGCAUUUUGGUUGAAAAAAUUCUUCCUCCUUCAAAAACCAACUCUGGAAUUUUACUUACUGAGAAGACCCCUAAGCUGAACUCUGGAAAAGUUGUGGCGGUGGGUCCAGGAGCUCGUGAUUUUGAUGGGAAACUUACUCCCAUCACUGUGAAGGAAGGAGAUACUGUUCUUUUGCCAGAUUAUGGAGGCACUGAAGUUAAGCUAGGUGAUAAAGAGUAAGUUUUAUUGCCUCCUCUUAAGAUAUAUUUUUAUAUCUUGAUUUGGGUUUUGACAGAUUUAUUACUUUCCUUUUAAUUGUUUGGUAUAUACAUUGUCCAGUACCUUUUUAUCUUUUGUUCCCUACAAUGUGCUUUAUACAUUUGUCUAACACCUCAAAAUCUCCAUUCUUAUAGUUUACAUCACAACUCCAUCACAGGGUAAAGUCACCUUCACUUUUAGUGGAAUAUGACAAAAGUUAAUAUGCACCUGGUAUUACGUUUGAGCUGUUCUAUUACAAUUUGACAGGUGGUGUAUCAAGCACAUUUUGAUUUUGUAACUGGGUUGUUUUUUCCCCAUUUUAGAUGUUCUCAACUGAACCCCCGGAA